UGCAGGCAAAGAAAAGUGGGCUGUUCUGUGUUGACCCGACCGUCCAAUCUGACUCAGCCUGCUCAGCGGGAAGGGGAGGGGCUUGAAACCUACCAGCUUGUUGUGUGCACUUCCUAUAGGGCGGAGCAGUAACUUGUGCACUACUGGGGCGUGUUUUUUUUUUUUUUAGACGUGUUCAUGUGUGUGUAUGUGCAUAUACAUGCAUGUGGAUUAAAAAGUGUUUGUUUCAGCAAGGAUCUAAGGUGACCCAGCCUGAAGAUAACAUCUCAGGAGUGCUUAGAACAACAUAUAUAGAGGAUACUAUCACACAAGAAAACUUAUGUCGCAGCACAGACAGACCACGCCCAAACCAGCAGCCCAGGUCUCCACUGUGCAGUGCGAGAAGACAGCAUCAGAUGCUACCAUGGAUACAAAGCUAAAGGGGGUUACCACAGCAACAGGUGGCACCACAGGAAGUACUUCCAUCGCGACAGCAGGAAAGGGGGCUCCUAAAACUCGUCCUGAGACUAACACCAAGCCCACUGUUAUUGACAUGUCCUCCGCUGGGUCUACUGUUGUCAACAUGACAUCAGCUGGGACGAGGGGCGGUCCCACGGUGAUGUCAAAGACCUCACCUGUACCGACUAUAACGCCCUCUGCUACCGCCACGGGAACAGCGGCAACUUCACUAGCGUCAGCUCAUGUUGCCGUGUCGACAUCUAAAGAGUCACCGAAAGGACCAGCCAAGGUGACAGUGGAAGUCCCUCCCCAGGCAGCAUCAACAGGCGCCAAAGAGGCACCUCCAGUAAAUCCAUUUGAUGCCUUGGCCGAUACACUCUCACCAGUUGAUCCUGUCACCCCAAAACAACCUGUAUUUACUGGUCCAGAGGUCAAAGAGCAUGACGUCACAGCCGAGGAAGCUAACAAGUGCGGAGAAAGAGACGACACGCUGCCACCGGAAUACAGAUAUGACGCAAUGGCUCCACUUCCUGCAGAUACCAAACCCAAAGAUGUUCCUAAACCACUGUCCACAGACGAGGCCCUGGAUUGCCUUUCAGAAGGUUUCAUGACUUCAACUGUUCCAGCCGCACCCAAAAAGCAGGAGACAAAGGACAGAAUCUCAUUGGUUGGCCCUAGUCAUGUUGCACCCCCCCUUAAGGUUGACGCUCCUGCGGCUCGUCCCAGUGUAGCAGUGUGUCCGCCAGCUGAUAAAAAAGCCAAGAUGGAGGUUGAUAAUUUCUCCUUGGCAACUGGAAUUCCCACUGCUCCUUUCAAGAAAGCCGUGUGUGUUUCUCCACUUGAUGAUCAAGAAACUAAAAUGGAAAAAGCCUCGACUAACUUCUCUCUGAAGGCUGGAGUGGACACAAAGCCCAAGACCGAUCAGGGGGGUUCCAUGUCGCUGGAUGCUCUCAAUGACCUUGGUGACAUGUUGGCAGCACCAGAACCAAAACCUGAACCCAAACUCCGACCUGAAGACAUUGUCUCGGAGGACAAACACAAGGAGGAGGAAGGUGUGCUCGUAGGAGUGAGGGAUGACACAAUCGCUCCAGAGUACAGGUUUAACGAAGAGGAACUCAAGAAACUGCCUGCCCCGAAACCUGAGCCUACCAUGAAUACCGGCGAGGCCCUGGACCUUCUGUGUGGGGACUUGAUGACCUCCUCAGCCGCUCCUACACAGAAAGCUGAAGUCCCGGCGUUUGUUCCUACGGUGUCUGUGUCUCCUGCCACACCCAAGUCCACUCAGGCUGACCCCCUGCCUCUGGAUGCUCUCAGUGCUCUUAGCGACACCCUACCAACACCAGAACUAAAUCCUGAACCCCCUAAACUCAGACCUGAGGAUAUUGUCUCUGAGGACAAACACAAAGAGGAGGAGGGUGUGUUUGUCGGGGAGAAGGAGGACACCAUUCCUCCAGAGUACAGGUUUAAUGAGGAGGAACUUAAGAAACUACCUGCUCCUAAACCUGAGCCGACCUUGAAUACCAACGAGGCUUUGGACCUUUUGUCUGGAGAUUUCACCAGCUCCUCAGCUGCCCCAGUACAGACCAAAGUUGAGAAUGUAUCCUCUCAGGAUGUUUUGUCUUCAACUCAAUCAUCUGGACUUCAUGCAUCUCUUCCUCCUUUGGCCAAUAAGAAAACACAGGUAUCUGCUAGUCCUCCAGUGUUCCCGUCACAAGGAGCACCUAAAAAAGAUGAGAGUGACUCCAUGUCUCUGGAUGCUCUCAGUGCUCUUAGUGACACAUUGGCAGCACCAGAACCCACUCCAGAACCCCCCAAACUCAGACCUGAGGACAUUGUCUCAGAGGACAAACACAAGGAGGAGGAAGGUGUCCUUGUAGGAGUGAGGGAUGACACCAUUCCUCCCGAGUACAGGUUUAACGAGGAGGAACUUAAGAAACUACCCGCUCCUAAACCUGAGCCCAAAAUGGAUACCAGUGAUGCCCUGGAUAUUCUAUCCGGAGAUUUCUUGACCUCCUCCUCUGCUGCUCCUGCCGUCCAGGCUCCUGUGGUGUCCUCCUCAGCUGCACCCGUACAUUCUUCUGCAGACUUUGCUCUGGAUGCUUUGGCAGGAGACUUUGUUUCAUCCUCGGCUGCCCCCACAGUGAAAUCCUCUGCUUGCCCCCCCACAGAAACAGCAUCACAGCUGUCCUCGGGGGCAGACAAUGCUCUGGAUGCUCUGUCAGACACUCUGAAGGAUAUCGUCCCCACCCCACAGCCGGCCCCCGUUCCUCCAAAAAACAUUGUAAAGGAGAAAAAGGCCGUUGAAGAGAGGCUAAUCAAGAUGGGGGAGAGAGAUGACUCGCUGCCACCAGAGUACAGACCCACUGAGGAGGAUCUCAAGAAAAUGGCUGAAGCGAAGGCCGACGCAGCAUCCACACCACAGAAGUCUAUGGACGAUAAGACAGCCUUGGACUUGCUGUCCAGUGAUUUCACCAACCUUACCCCAUCCACCGCCUCCGCCGCUGCUGCUGCUUCAACAGAGCUGAAACCUCCCGUUCUCAAGUCCGAGCCCCCGAAGAGCAAGAGCAAGUCCAAGUCAAGGUCUAAAAAACAACAUCCAGAAGAGCUUGGCGCCUCCGACCUGCCGUCUCAUAAGAAAAGCUCAGACGUUGUGGCCACACAGCAAGGAAAGAGGAGCUAAAGCUUCCUGUCAGGUUGGCGGUGCGGUGAGACGUUACGGCGGAUGAAGCACCAGUGAGGAACCUGUUCUCCGUGUUGAGAUUCGACUUCUCUAAAUCCCCAAUCAUGUACACUCGUUCACAUGUACACAUACCCAUAACACACACACACACACACACACACUGACAUCAAACCAUCCCUUUUUGCUUGGUUUCACUUGCAGUCAAAGAUGAGGAGCUUUCUGUUUCGCUUUGUGGACAAGACAUGCUGGAGACAAAACGAGUUCAAAUGAGCGAAGCGAGAGACGGAAGGUGUUGUCCGUCACGUUGGGGGUUUAUAUCUUUAGCCAUACACUCGUAGGAGUGUAUAGUACUAAGAUGUGCAAUGCUGAAAUCUACCGUAUUUUCUGGACUGGAGUAUAAGUCGCACAAGGCCAAAAAUGCAUAAUUAGGUAGAAAAAAAGUCUUUAUUUUCCAAACUACUUGACCAAAACAGACAUUACGUCCUCUUGGAAGGCAAGUUCUAACAAUAAAAAAAUAGAGAACAGGCUGAAUAGGUGUAAGAUAUGCUAACACAAUGCUUAUUCAGCUACAUGAAAUAUAAACAUAAACAGAAAUGGUGUCCAGUGUUUAUGUAACAUAAACAGUUUUUUGGGGGAAAAAAUGUGCGACUUAUAGUCCGGAAAAUACGGUAAUGACUUUUCCAUCAUGUGCCAUGAAUACACUAGUGUACAGCUUUGUUCACUUUUUUUUUUCUUUUUUUUUUUGAGACACCAUCUUUCAACUUUUCUUGCAAAUGCCAUUUAGAAAAAAUAUCUGUCAUCAGGAGGGUUUUUGGUUUGGUAUAUAUUUUUGUAAGAAGUACAAUUGCACUUAGUAAACCAAUGUUGUGUUUACGACAAACUGUAAAAAUAAAAAAAUAAAAAAACACACACAAAAAAAAAGAUUCAACACUGUAUGACUUGGAAAGGGCUUUGGAUGUGUAAAGUAAAUACAAAGACUUUAUUAUUUCCCCUAUGGAUUGUGUGUGUGUGUUGGUGUGCAUCAAAAGAUGGGAGAUAUUUUACUACUAAUACCAAAUGAAUGAAAAGUGGAAUAAAAAUAAGCAGACGUGCCUCACCGCUUGUGCCUAAAAAAUGAUUCAAACAUGAAUAUGAAUAUGAUGGGAAAGCAUGGGAACACUUUUUUUCUUAAAGGUGCAGGGGAUCUGUACGUGUGCAUACGUACGUACGUGCGUGUGUGUGUGUCACACCUGAACAGGAACAAGAAAGUUCCUGACUUGGUGGUUUUUCACGCUGCAAAAAAAGGUGUAGCAGCCCACUUCCUGUUGACUUGGAAGGGCAGGGGGGCUUCGCGACAACAACAUUUAUUUUGCUAAAACUUUAGAAUGUUUUUCUACCAUUUUAGCCAACAUCCUGAAUGACUGAUGGGGAACGCAAAUGAGCGGGUUUGAUGUGUUCGAUUCAGAAAGUGAACAUAUAAAUAAAGACAAAUUAAUUUCA